CGAUCUUCCAGCACUCUUGCAAAUCACCCCGCCCUUGGCCAGGAAACUCGAAGGAAUGCCAACGCCAGAUGAAGCCUCCACGUCCACGGCACCCCAAAUGUCGUUCAGAGAACUCGGUCUUAUUGAUCCCUUGCUCGAAGCCCUCGAAAAAAUGAAGUUCAAGGCUCCCACCGAAAUACAGUCUCAAGUCCUUCCACAUGCACUUCAAGGCCGAGAUAUCAUCGGCGUCGCCGAAACAGGUUCCGGAAAAACUGCAGCCUUCGCUCUCCCUAUCCUCCAAAAGCUUUGGGAGGAGCCAAAGGGACUUUUCGCGGUCGUGUUAGCACCCACUCGUGAACUUGCUUACCAGAUAUCACAGCAGUUCGACUCGUUAGGUGCUGCAAUGGGUGUGAGAUGUCUAGUCCUCAUCGGCGGUGUGGACAAAAUGCCUCAGGCUGUUGCUCUUGCGAAACGACCCCAUAUCAUAGUCGCCACCCCAGGUCGCCUCAACGAUCAUCUGCAAAGCACCAAAGGUUUCAGCCUUCGAAGCCUCAAAUUCCUGGUCAUGGACGAGGCUGAUCGACUGUUGGACAUGGACUUCGGCCCCGAAAUAGACCAAAUACUCAAAGUGAUCCCGCAAGAGCGUACGACCUAUCUAUUCUCUGCAACGAUGACUACGAAAGUUGCUAAGCUUCAGAGAGCCUCCCUAUCGAACCCUGUACGGGUCGAAGUGUCAUCCAAAUACCAGACUGUUUCGACCCUUUUGCAAUACUAUCUCUUCGUGCCGUUAAUACACAAGGACGUGCAUCUAAUAUACCUUGCUAAUGAGUUGGCAUCUAACUCAAUCAUCCUAUUUACAAGAACUGUGCAUGAUGCCCAGCGAUUGUCUAUCAUGUUGCGCACUCUAGGCUUCCCUGCUGUGCCCUUACAUGGCCAACUGAGCCAGAGCCAGCGGUUGGGUGCGCUGAACAAGUUUAAAACAGGAGGUCGCAAGAUCUUGGUGGCAACGGAUGUUGCCAGUCGGGGUUUAGAUUUACCAUCUGUCGACGUCGUCAUAAAUUUCGACGUUCCAACCCACUCUAAAGAUUAUAUCCACAGGGUUGGACGUACAGCCCGCGCUGGACGUGCUGGAAAGUCAAUAACAAUCGUCACACAAUACGACGUCGAGCUUCUGCAACGCAUAGAAAAGGUCAUUGAAAAGAAACUUGACUUAUGGCCUGUCAGUAAGGAAGAAGUGAUGUUGCUCAAGCAACGCGUCGACGAAGCAGGGCGAAUGGCCAUCAACGAACUUAAGGAGCAGACAAAGGGAGAAGGGAAAAAGCGGAGGCGCGAUGAGGGUCGUUCCAGGGAUGACAAGGAUCGAGAUGACGACGUAGUUGAAGCUGGUGUGCCAGAGGUUAAGAAAUCUAAAAGCCGUCGCUAGAAUUUACUUUCUUACGAUGUCAUCCAAAACGGGAAUCAGUCUAGAAACAUCAAGUCUGAGCGAAGUACGUAUUUUGUUCCCUCCCGAACAAGCGUUCCUUCGUGCAGUAGGCAUUCGCUGCCGUGCC